CAGGGGAGCCCAGGAUGUCUCUGCCGCUGGCCUCCCUGCUGCUUCUCCUCCUCUCCACCCACAGCGCCCUGGCCCUGAGGAUCUGCUCCUUUAAUGUGAGGUCCUUUGGGGAAUCCAAGAAGGCAAACUUAAAGGCCAUGGAUGUCAUUGUGAAGGUCAUCAAACGCUGUGACAUCAUACUCCUGAUGGAAAUCAAGGACAGCAAAAACAUAAUCUGUCCCACACUGAUGAAGAGACUGAACGGAAAUUCAAGAAGAGGCAAAACAUAUAACUGUGUGAUCAGCCCUCGUCUUGGAAGAAACACAUACAAAGAACAGUAUGCCUUUCUCUAUAAGGAAAAGCUAGUGUCUGUGAAAGCAAGCUACCUCUACCAUGACCAUCAGUCUGGCGAUGUAGAUGUAUUUUCCAGGGAACCCUUUGUGGUCUGGUUCCAGUCACCCCACACCGCUGUCAAGGAAUUCGUGAUUGUUCCCCUGCACACCACCCCUGAGACAUCCGUUAAAGAGAUUGAUGAGCUGGCUGAUGUCUAUAUGGAUGUGAAACGUCGCUGGAAGGCGGAGAAUUUCAUUUUCAUGGGUGACUUCAAUGCCGGCUGCAGCUAUGUCCCCAAGAAGGCCUGGAAGAACAUCCGCCUGAGAACAGACCCCAAGUUCAUUUGGCUGAUCGGGGACCAAGAGGAUACCACGAUCAAGAAGAGCACAAACUGUGCCUAUGACAGGAUCGUGCUUAGAGGACAAGAGGUUGUCACCUCUGUUGUUUCUCAAUCAAGCAGCAUCUUUGACUUCCAGAAAGCUUACAGGUUGACCGAAGAGGAGGCCCUGGAUGUCAGCGACCACUUUCCAGCUGAAUUUAAACUUCAGUCUUCAAGGGCCUUCACCAACAGCGAAGAAUCUGUCUCUCCAAAGAAGAAAAAAAAGACCAGUCGCGCCUAGAUACAAGGGUGCUAUUUUAUUAACCAUUUCUUGCCUCUACAUAAAGCAGCUCCAAUAGGUAGGAACUGUUCCCAGCACUCAGGAAACAAGACUGUCCCAACUGCUUUCAUUUUUCAACUUGUAUCUAAUUCAUCUUGAGCCAAAUUGGGAAGAGUGUCUUCUAUUCUCCCUCUAGAGCUCGAGCUCAUACCUCCCCUGAAUUACUCAAAAGGAAACUAGGGUCUUCUGCAGUCCAAAACGAUGGCCUUCAUGUCUGGAGCUAGAGCCUCAUCAGGUGUCACUGCUCUACCUGCCAAGAGAGGCCGCAGGAAGAGGAACAUCAGCUUUCCAUCUUCUUGAGGGCGUCCUGUUCUAUGCGAAAUGACCAGAAAUGCCAGGAACACCAAGGCCCCAACUGUAGCCCAUGAUUUGGGCAAUGAACUGCUUUAGGAUCUGGCCCUCCUGUCUGAGGUCAGGCUACCAUCAUAUCUUGCAGGGAUGAAGGGUGAAGGCCAUUCCCACUGGUCUCCUUGCUUCCAAACAGUCCUCCAACUCAGCCAGCCCAGUAACCACCAGUGUCAUCCUUUGAAAUUCCAAUCUGACCACAGCACCCGCC